AUGCGCGCUCAGUUGCCAGUGUCUCUGGCCCUGGGCGUCACUUCGCGCCAGGCCUUGCGGCCAUACAGAUCCUUCGCGCGCGACAUACUCACUAAGCCGGCACUGCGAACCGGUGUUUCCGACAAUAAUGGCUCGAUCCGCCUCCAUUCGACUGCCUCGGGUGUACUACGGAACGGACCCAACCCUCUCUUACUUCGAAACAGCAGCGCCAAAUAUACCCCGUCUACGUCUUGCAUUAUCGCUUCAGCACGUCUUUUGUCAUCCACGCCGAAAUCAUUCCAAGCGAAACCACCAACUCCCGCGGAAACCGAGAAUGCAGCUUCUCGGCCAACUCCGGAAUCGGAAGAGGAGAAGGGCUUCGAACUAUCCGAGCGAGCAGCGCAAGCAGCGCAAGUGAACAUGAGCGCCAGAUUGAACAAAGAUGGCGGGAAAAAGUCCGGUUUCGCAGAGAUUGUGCGACUGCUGAAAAUCGCACGUCCUGAAUCCAAGGCCCUCGGAUUCGCCUUCUUCUUCCUCCUGAUUUCCUCCGCAAUCACCAUGUCAAUUCCUCUUUCUAUUGGUAAGAUCAUUGACGCCGCAACCAAGAACAUCUCCGAGGGUGCUGGUGAACUGUUUGGCCUGAGUAUGCCCAUGUUCUACACUGCUUUGGGUGCUAUCCUACUUGUGGGUGCUGGUGCCAACUACGGUCGCGUCAUCAUCCUUCGCAUUGUUGGCGAAAGAAUUGUCUCCCGACUUCGUUCCAAGCUUUUCCGUCAAACUUUUAUCCAAGAUGCCGAGUUCUUUGAUGCCAACCGGGUUGGUGACCUGAUUUCUCGUCUCAGCUCUGACACUGUCAUCGUUGGUAAAAGCAUCACGCAGAAUCUGUCUGAUGGGUUGCGAGCUGCUGUUAGUGGCGCAGCUGGAUUCUCGAUGAUGGCUUACACCAGCGCAAAGUUGUCUGCCAUCUUGCUUGUGUUACUUCCCCCAGUCGGCCUUAGCGCUUUCUUCUAUGGACGAGCUAUCAGGAACCUCAGUCGUCAAAUCCAAAAGAACCUGGGUUCGUUGACCAAAAUCGCGGAAGAGCGUCUGGGCAACGUUAAGACUAGCCAGUCGUUCGCUGGUGAAGUUCUUGAGGUCAAUCGAUACAACACGCAAGUUCGAAAGAUCUUUGACCUUGGCAAGAAAGAGUCCUCGAUUAGUGCGGCCUUUUUCAGCUCCACGGGUCUUGCUGGAAAUUUGACCAUUAUGACUCUUUUGUAUGUUGGCGGAGGAAUGGUGCAAUCAGGUGCCAUCUCUAUCGGAGAGCUGUCAUCAUUCCUGAUGUAUACCGCCUACGCCGGAUCUAGCAUGUUUGGUCUCUCAAGCUUCUAUUCCGAGCUCAUGAAGGGUGUCGGUGCGGCGAGUCGACUUUUCGAGCUGCAAGACCGACCUCCUACCAUUCACCCGACCAAGGGUCUCAAGGUUGAGACCGCACGUGGCCCGAUCCGAUUUGAGAACGUCACUUUCAGCUAUCCUACCCGCCCUGCUGUGAAGAUUUUCAACGAACUGAACUUCGAGAUCCCACAAGGAACCAACGUCGCUGUCGUUGGGCCUUCGGGAGGUGGCAAGUCCACCAUUGCCUCGCUGUUGCUUCGAUUCUACAGUCCCACAGAGGGCCGAGUGUUGAUCAAUGGGAAGGAUAUCAAUGGAAUGAAUGCCAAAUCCCUUCGGAGAAAGAUUGGUGUUGUUUCACAAGAGCCUGUGCUUUUCUCGGGAACGAUCGCCGAGAACAUUUCCUACGGCUUGCCUCGCGCCACCCGCUCAGAGAUCAUCGCCGCCGCCCGCAAAGCCAAUUGUCAAUUCAUCAGUGAUUUCCCCAGUGGACUCGAUACUCAUGUUGGAGCUCGUGGAGCUCAACUCUCAGGCGGCCAGAAGCAACGUAUUGCUAUUGCUCGAGCGCUCAUCAAGAACCCCGACAUUCUGAUUCUUGAUGAGGCCACCUCUGCCUUGGAUGCCGAGUCCGAAACCCUUGUCAACAGCGCAUUGGCCUCUUUGCUCCGUGGCAACAACACGACGAUCAGCAUUGCCCACCGUCUUUCGACUAUCAAGCGCUCUGACACUAUCAUCGUUCUCGGCAAUGACGGCAAGGUUGCUGAGCAGGGCUCCUACGAAGAACUUAGCGCUCGCCCAGAUGGUGCCUUUACCAAACUCAUGGAAUGGCAAAUGAGUGGCGGUGACACACCUCCCGCAUCAGCCCAACCCAUCGAGAGAGAUGAAUAUUGGCAAAUUGAGAAGGACAUGGAGUCAGAGCCAGAGACUGAGCAAGAGGAACAGGCAGAUAUGCAAACCUCGCGCAAAAACUAA